GGGAGGAAACCCUGGAAGUGAAAGAGUUCAGUCAGUUGAGACUCCAUUUUGAGUGGAGAGAACAGAGCAGGAGGAGGACACUGAAGGCUGAGGCAGGACUGACUUCAGAUCAGAAGAUGAGUGGUUUGGAGGAAGAGGAGGACGGAGCAGAGUCUGUAGUAUCUGGCUGUCUGUCUAUGAAGAGUGACCGGUCCAAAGAUUAUCCUCUAUACUUCAGUAAUGAACCUGGACCUUCAGACACAAAAGUUCAGGACAACAGACAGAGAGCAGAGUCUGUAGUAUCUGGCUGUCUGUCUAUGAAGAGUGACCGGUCCAAACAUUAUCCUCCAGACUUCAGUAAUGAACCUGGACCCUCAGACACAAAAAAGAGGAAGAGGAGUGAUGUUUGUGAGGAGGAGCAGCCGUCCAGAUCCAGAACCAGAACUGGACUGCAGACAGCCAAUCAGAGCAGCUCUGAACAAAUGAAUGUUGGUCGUCAGAAACAUAAGAUCAGGCUGAAGGGGACAUUUGAACGUGUGACUGAAGGAGCUGCAACAGGAAGUAGAACCCUCCUCAACAGGAUCUACACUGUCCUCUACCUCAUAGAGGGACAGAGUGAAGAGGUUAAUACCCAACAUGAGGUGAGGCAGCUCGAGACAGCUUCCAAGAAGAAGACCCUCCAUAACUCUCCAAUCAAGUGCUGUGACAUCUUUAAAGCCUUACCUGGCCAACAGAAACACAUCAGAGUCGUUCUGACGAGCGGCGUCGCUGGCGUUGGAAAAACCUUCUCAGUGCAGAAGUUCUGUCUGGACUGGGCCGAGGGUUUGGAGAACCAAGAUAUCAGUCUGGUGAUUCCUCUUUCCUUCAGGGAGCUGAACUUGAUCAAAGAUGAGCAGUACAGUCUUCUGGAGCUGCUCCGUGUUUUCCAUCCAACAUUACAGGAGGUCCCAGCAGAGCAGCUCGCUGGCUCUAAACUUCUCUUCAUCUUUGACGGCCUGGAUGAAAGCAGACUUUCACUGGAUUUCAACAACAAUGAGGCUGUUUCUGAUGUCACACAGAAGUCAUCAGUCAACGUGCUGUUGACAAACCUCAUCCAGGGGAAGCUGCUUCCCUCGGCUCUCGUCUGGAUAACUUCCCGACCUGCAGCAGCCAAUCAGAUCCCUCCUGCGUGUGUUGACAGGGUAACAGAAGUACAAGGCUUUGCUGACGCCCAGAAGGAGGAGUACUUCAGGAAGAGAUUCAGUGAUGAAGAGCUGUCCAGCAGAAUCAUCUCCCACAUCAAGACCUCCAGGAGCCUCCACAUCAUGUGUCUGAUCCCAGUCUUCUGCUGGAUCACUGCUACAGUUCUGGACCACAUGAUGACUACACACCAGAGAGGAGAGCUACCCAAGACCCUGACUGACAUGUACUCACACUUCCUGCUGGUUCAGACAAAGAGGAAGAAGGUCAAGUAUGCUGAGGGACAUGAGACGAGUCCACAGGAGCUGACAGAGGCUGACAGGGAAAUUCUUCUGAAGCUGGGGAAGCUGGCGUUUGAAGAGCUGGAGAAAGGAAACAUCAUGUUCUACCAAGAAGACCUGGAGCGCUGUGGUCUGGAUGUCACAGAGGCCUCGCUGUACUCAGGAGUUUGUUCAGAGAUCUUCAAAAGAGAGAGCGUGAUCUUCCAGAAAACAGUCUACUGCUUCGUUCAUCUGAGCGUUCAGGAGUUUCUGGCUGCAGUCUACCUGUUCCACUGUUACACCAACAGGAACACACAGGUACUGGAGGACUUCCUGGUAGAAGACUUGGUUGUCUUCCUGAAGAAAGUCAUGAAGAAAUCCCUGGAAAGUAAAAAUGGCCACCUGGACCUGUUUGUCCGCUUCCUUUAUGGCCUCUCUCUGGAGUCCAACCAGAGACUCUUAGGAGGCCUGCUGGGUCAGACUGACAACAGUCCACAAAUCAUCCAGAGAGCCAUUGACAACCUGAAGGAGAUGAACAGUAAAAAGAUCUCUUCUGACAGAAGCAUCAACAUCUUCCACUGUCUGACGGAGAUGAAGGACCACUCAGUCCAUCAGGAGAUCCAAGAGUUCCUGAAGUCAGAGAACAGAUCAGAGAAGGAACUCUCUGUGUUCCACUGCUCAGCUCUGGCCUACAUGCUGCAGAUGUCAGAGGAGGUUCUGGAUGAGUUGGACCUGGAGAAGUACAACACAAAAGAGGAGGGACGACGGAGACUGAUUCCAGCUGUGAGGAACUGCAGAAAGGCUCGACUGAGUGGCUGUAACCUGUCAGAGAGAAGCUGUGAAGAUCUGUUCUCAGUUCUCAGCUCCCAGUCCUCUAGUCUGAGAGAGAUGGACCUGAGUAACAACAACCUGCAGGAUGAAGGAGUGGAGCUGAUCUCUGUUGGACUGAAGAGUUCACACUGCAGACUGGAGACUCUCAGUCUGUCAGGCUGUCUGAUCUCAGAGGAAGGCUGUUCAUCUCUGGUCUCAGCUCUGAGCUCCAACCCCUCCCAUCUGAGAGAGCUGGACCUGAGCUACAAUCAUCCAGGAGACUCAGGAGUGAAGCUACUGUCAGCAGGACUGGAGGAUCCUCUCUGGAGACUGGACACUCUCAGGGUGGAGCCUGCUGGAGUCAGAUAUUUGACACCAGGUCUGAGGAAGUGUAAGUCUGUUUUUAAUUUCAUUCAUCAAACUGUGACAUCACUCAUCCAACCCUCUGAUGUCAUCAUCUACGUGCUGAUUGGUUAAUAACUGCAGCUGUGUUGUGUCUCCUUCUCUCCGUCAGAUUCCUGUGAACUCACACUGGACACAAACACAGUGAACAGAAAACUCAAACUGUCUGACAACAACAGGAAGGUGACAUUAGUGAAGGAGGAGGAUCAGCCAUAUCCUGAUCAUCCAGAGAGGUUUGACUGGUGUCCUCAGCUGUUGUGUAGAGAUGGUCUGACUGGUCGCUGUUACUGGGAGGUUGAGACGAGUGGAGGGGUUCAUAUAUCAGUGAGUUACAGAGGAAUGAGGAGGAGAGCCAACAGUGAUGACUGUUGGUUUGGAUUUAAUGAUCAGUCCUGGAGUCUGAUCUGCUGUGAUGGUCAUUACUCUGUCCUUCACAAUAAGAGAAGAACACCCAUCUCCUCCUCCUCUGUCUCUAACAGAGUAGCAGUGUAUGUGGACUGUCCUGCUGGCUCUCUGUCCUUCUACUCAGUCUCCUCUGACUCACUGAUCCACCUCCACACCUUCAACACCACAUUCACUCAGACUCUCUAUCCUGGGUUCAGGUUCUGGUCUCCUGGUGCCUCAGUGUCUCUGAGUCCUCUGGAGGACGGAGAGUCUCCUCCUGUCAGAGAACCAGACAGUUGAGAGAGAGAAGAAGAGAGAGAGAAAGAGAGGCAGACAGACAGACAGACAGGCAGACACACAGACAGACAGACAGACAGACAGACAGACAGACAGUUGUGUGUAACAUCAACUCUAACUCUAGUUGAACUUCUUUUGUGAAUUUGUGGUAAAUUCAAAGUGAUUGAGAUGAAGUGAACCUAAUUUAGGAGUAAGAUGUGUAGAAAUGAUGACUGAUGUAGACUACAGCUGAGAGGAUGUAAUAGUUGUAAGUUGAUGAAUGAUAUAUUUAAAUAUGUGAUGUAUAAAUGUUCUUUUGUUGUCUAUAUUGGAAGCUGUGGAUGUUUAAAGGUUGAACUCUGAUGAAAUCAACAUCUGAAAUCAGUUUAAAGAGAUUUGUCUCCAUCUGGUGGAGAGACUCAGCAGCGCAGACGGGGAGGUGCAUGAUGGGAAAUGGAGGAUCCAACAGUCUCACCAGUUUCUCAUGCUUCGUUUGUCCGUUGAAAACCCAAAAAACAGCUAUAACCAUAAUUUUGCUUACAAAUGUAAUCAUAAUUUUUGCUUAUUAAUGCAAUCAUGUUUUCUGUUCGUAAAUGUGAUCAUAAUUUUGCUUAGGAAUUAGAGUCAUGCUAAAUACUAUGUUAAAAAUAUCAUUAUAUUCAUCUGCUUAGUGUAUAAGUAUGAGAAGGUCCGCCUGCAGUUCACGCAGAGGGGAAGUGUGUGUGUGUGUGUGUGUGUGUGUGUGUGUGUGUUUCUGUACGAGAUUGAUGGAGACGAGGGAAGAGUUUGUGUUUAUGUGGGGAGCGUUGAGUUUGUGUGUGAAAGGAGACAUAUGUACUGGUGGACUUUAUACACUUUUGGUUUAAAAGAAGAGAGUCGAGCUGUCGUGUAUGUGGCGAGAUUUUCCAACGCAUAAGAUCCUGCCUUAAAGAGUUUUCCAGGACUUUAUAGCUACAUAAAUACAAUUUGUCCAUUUCUCUGGGGAUUAUAAUGCCUAGAUAUUUUAUUUUGUUCUGAUCCCAUUUCAACUUCAACCUUUUCUUAAAUUCUGUCGGGGGAUUGCAUCCUAUUUCCAUGGCUUCAGUGUUAGCUGAAUUUAAUUUAUAGCCUGAGAUGGCCCCAUAUCUUCCAAUUUCCUCCAAAAGCGCCGGUAAUGAUUGAUGUAUAUCAGUUAAGAAUACUAUAACAUCGUCUGCAUAUAGCGCAAGUUUAUGUUCUUCAUCUGGUAUCUUAACGCCCUUUAUACCCAUACUUGCCCGUAUGCAUUCCGCCAAUGGCUCAAUGCACAGGGCAAAGAUCUGUGGGGAGAGCUGAUCACCCUGUUUUAACCCUCUUUUUACCUGGAAAGAUUUCGAUAACGAACCUAUGGCUUUCACUCUAGCUGCUGAAUCAUUAUACAUUCCCAUCAUAAGAUUAAUAAACUUCUUGUGAAAGCCAAAUUGAUUCAAAACUGCAAACAUAAAGGGCCAAGAUACUCGGUCGAAAGCUUUUUCCGCAUCCAAUGUAAGCGCUAUCAUUUGUUGUUUUGUUUUUCUAGCAAAAUCAAUAACAUGAAGGGUUCUGGAUGGACAGAUUCUCUGUUCCUGAUGGAUGUGAGGAAGCU